AUGGUUGACCUCGACUUCCGCUUCCGUCAGCCCUCCUCAAGCUUGACCAAGCAUAAUGACACCUAUCCGUUCAUAGAUCCGUCAAAAUAUGCGAGAGCUCAUACCGGAAAGACAGUUGUUGUUACCGGUGGAGGCCAGGGUUUGGGGAAAGCCAUAGCUUUAGCCUUUGCAAACGCUGGAGCCGAUAUUGCUAUUAUCGGUCGUUCUCAGCAACCUCUCUUGGCGACUGCAUCCGAAAUCGAAGCCAAAGGAAGAAAAUGCAUUGCAAUUCCCGGGGAUGUCACAGACUCCGCAUUCGUCAAUCGAGCCGUUGCGGAAUGCGUUGGUCGUUUCUCCACACUCGCAGCUGACGACAUGUCCAAAUGGUGGGGCGUAUUCGAACUCAAUGUCCGCGCUGUAGCCGAAAUGGCCCAUGCUACUCUGCCAAUCAUGUUCGCGCGCGGCAAGGGGAUCAUUUUCAAUAUAGCGUCUGAUUCAGGCAUCAUCGGCAUCCCGUUUACGACGGCUUAUUCGUCGUCAAAAUCUGCUGUCAUCAAGCUCACAGAAGUUCUUUCUUGGGAGGUUGCCUCUAAGGGCAUACGCGUCUACGCUAUCCAUCCAGGAACAGUGGCCACUGGUUUUGCCGGGGAUCAAAUUGUCAAUCACGAGGAGGUGGCCACGAAUAGCAGUAUGAAGUGGAUGCUCGAUAUGAAGGGCGAAUUUCAGGAAGAUACGCCAGAGCUGAGUGCAAAUGGUUUGGUCGCGUUGGCGGAUAUGGGUGAAUCUGAAGUGAAGGCGUUGAAUGGCCGUUACAUCAAUCUGACGAGGGACGUUGGAGAAUUGAUCGAAGGCGUGAAAGCCGGGAAACUCGGUGAUUCCACAGCUCUGCUUACUAUGAAAGAGAUGUAG